ACAAAAGAAAGUCCGGAAAGUAUUUGGCUCAAAUUUAAAACGAGGGCGACCAGUGACCGAGAAUAUCUCCUUCAAAACCGGUUUGUAUGAUCAGAUUCGAGCGGACACACCCAACCCUCAACCUUUCCCUAAAAAAAAUCCCUAGAUUUUUCUUCUCAACCAAUUUCUUGGAAUAUUCUUUUCUAUCCUUCAGUUCUUUUCCUGCUGAUUUCAAAUUAUGAGAGAUCAAAUGGACCCGUUCUGGUUUAGGCAUUAACACAAGCACCUAGAUUACUGCCACAUGCCUUCAUUUCGUUGUUGUUACCUUUACUAGUUUCUGUUACAGGCUCUUAAACUGAUCGUAGAGCACUUGCCUUGUUUUGAAAAAACCAAAAAACAAAAAGUUUCAUUGGUUCUUGUUAGCUUUAAUUUGUUAGAAACCUUAGAAUUUUCCUUGCGGAGGCUUUCAAGUGAUUUUAUAGAACACUUUUACUUUGAAUGACAGAGGUUGUAGUAUGUCUAGCUUUUAAUAGCAAGAAAGCACACUUAGUAGUGCUAAGCAUUGAAAUUUAUGCUUUUGUAGAGGUAAAUGAAGCGACGAUGAGUGCAAGUAGUUUGGCAGCGGAGGCGGUUUGGAAAGACAUCGAAUCAACUCGUUCAGUGACAGAUGAUCAGCUCUCCAUCUUGCAUUUCUUGUUUGGUAAGAACUUUGAGCGAGCCACUAGGAUCGUGGAUCAAAGAGGUGUCAAGAGAAUUUCUGGGGAACCUAGCGGCCGUUUCGUCUUUCAGGUUAUGGGAGAAUCACAGAGGAAGGAGGAAUAUUUCUGCUUCGCCGAAAACUACUGUGCCUGUUAUUCUUUCUUCUAUGACAUUGUGAAUAGAGGAGAACAGCUUUGUUGUAAGCAUCAGUUAGCUGCAAGACUAGCUUUGUCGUUGGGAGUUUUUAUUGAAGUUAAGGUGUCUGAUGAGCAGCUAGCAGUACUGCUAUCAAAACUCUGAAGUCUUUUGGUGAAAGCCACUUUUGCAUUCAGUGUGAUAUGGAGCAUAAGCAAAGAACAUAGUUGAUGUGUUUAUUCAAUAGAAGUCAGGUGCGGCUGAAGAGCUAGGACAUUCAGUGGAUCACAGCUGAAUGUUUUCGUUAAUUUGUUCCAUUUUCAUUUUAUGAGGAACUGCUGCUGGGCAUGAAAUUUCGUGUCCAUAGGCACAGAAAUUAUAAAUUAGUGUACCUUCUUGGAAUGAAUUUGUAGAGGGUUUGAUCA